AUGUUCGACUGGGACGGUUGGCUUUUGAAGUUCGUCUACUUCUACGGAUUUCUGGUCGGAAUAUCCAACUUUGAAAUCGAUUGGAGUACGCGUCGCGUUUUCACAACCAAGAGGAGUACCAUCUUUGCGGUUACGCAUAAUGUACUUUGCGUGAUGCUUCUGUUCAACUAUUGGCAACUUUUCCAGAAAUUUAGUUCAUUUUUUGGCCAAGCCAACAGCCUUCACAAGUUUUUAAUAAUUCUGAUGUCCGGACUAAAAGUAGUAUUUGUCAUUCGUUGGCGGCUGCGACGUAAGCUAAUGAGGAUAAUGAGGAGACUGUUCCGCCUCUAUGUGACCAGCUCACACACUAAAAAGAUGGCCGGCAUGGCGAUACUUAUAAAGAUUCUAAAUGUUUGCUUUGCCGACUGCAUGCAAAUAGCCAUGGGAGUCAGCACUCUCAGUCACCAUGGCUCGGCUCCGGUUUUGGGAAUCAGUCUACAGUACAGUAUGAUAUUUCUUAUGACUGUAGCCACUACACAGUAUUAUCUAAUUAUGCUGUUUAUUCGGAUACAAUACGCAACGCUAAACUCGGAGCUACGAUGUUUGAUCGAGGAGACCCGAACAUUGAGCUAUCGAUCCCGACGUAAGGGAGCUUUCAUGACGAAGUGUUGUGAUCUGUCUGAUCGAUUGGACGACCUUGCCAAACGGCAGGAUGAGAUACAGUCAAUUGUGAUCCGCAUUUCAAAGGAAUUUGGAGUGCAGGGUCUAUUGGUGUACACUGGAUACUACAUUAACUCUAUUAUUACCAUUUAUAUGACUUACAGUCUAUUAAGAAACGGCUUUGAAAGUCAAGGAGUUUCACUCAGCAUGUUGAUAUUUCUUUAUAUUUGGUCCUUUUUUUACUAUGCGGAUGCCUUAAGAAACCUGUUUGUCGUCCUAGGUAUUCAAAAUGAGCACAAGGCCCUUAUUCGAACCUUAGAAGAGCGAACCGGGUUUCCUCCGGGCCUAGAUAUCCGAUUGGAACUAUCGUUUGAAAACUUCCAAUUUCAGCUGAUUCGGAACCCUUUUACCAUGAGCGUCAUGAACAUAAUUCCCAUUGAUCACCGCUUUACCACUUCAAUGUUUGCAUCACUUUUCAUGAACUCUAUAUGCCUUAUUCAAUACGAUAUGGGAAACUUUUAA